AUAGAUAAGAAAGAGCAGAUGAUACCUGUAUUGUGGAUCCACAAUAAAAAAUACUUUUCAUCUUUAUCUGUGAUUGAAAUUUAAAUAUCAUGACAAUAUUUGAAGUUCCUAAUUUAAAUGAAACUAUCAAUCUAGCUACUUCGAUAUUCAGUAAACGUUUUCAAACGAAUCCCAGUAUUUGUAGUUAUGCACCCGGUAGAGUUAAUUUAAUUGGAGAACAUACUGAUUACAAUGAUGGAUUUGUUUUGCCCAUGGCACUUCCUAUGGUAACAGUUAUUGUUGGAGAAAAAACAGACACUCAGGAAUGUACUAUAAUAACAAUUUGCCCAUCAGCAGAUGAUCCAAAAGAAAUCAAAUUUCCAGUACCUGGAGCAGAAAAUACAAUUCUGACUCCAGGAAAACCUAUGUGGGCUAAUUAUGUAAAGGGUGUUAUUGCAAAUUUUAAAGGCAAAUUAAAUGGCUUUAAUGCCGUAAUAUCCACAACAGUACCAGUAGGAGGUGGGCUCUCUAGCUCUGCAACUUUGGAGGUUGCAUCAUAUUAUUUUUUAGAAGCACUAAAUAGAGAAGAUUCUACAGUAAGUCACAUUGAAAAAGCUUUGGCUUGUCAGAAGGCAGAACAUGACUUUUUAAAUAUGCCUUGUGGAAUAAUGGAUCAGUUUAUAUCAAUAAUGGGGGAAAAAGACCAUGUUCUUUUUCUCGACUGCAGAUCAUUAGAGUAUAAACUGAUUGAAUUGAAAGAUCCAGAAGUAACAGUUCUAAUAACUAACACAAAUGUGAAGCAUAAAUUAUCUGAAAGCCAGUAUCCAAUUCGUAAAAAACAAUGUGAAAUGGCUGCUAAAAUUAUUGGCAAAUCCAGUCUUCGAGAUGUUACAUUGGUAGAUUUGCAAAAUAAUCGAGAAAUUCUUGGUGAAGAAGUAUACAGUAGAGCAUUGCAUGUUGUUAGUGAAAUAAAAAGAACUGCUGAUGCAGUCGAAGCUUUACAGCAUGAGGAUUAUAGAAAAUUUGGUGCUCUAAUGACAGAAAGUCACAAUUCUCUCAGAGAUCAGUAUGAAGUUUCUUGUGCUGAAUUGGAUACCGUGGUAAGUGCAGCAUUGGAAGUUGAAGGUGUUUAUGGAUCAAGAAUGACUGGAGGAGGUUUUGGUGGAUGCACAGUAACUUUAUUGAAAACUGAUGCUAUAAUUAAAACUGUGGAAAAUAUUAUGAUGAAAUACAAGAAUCCAACAUUUUAUACCUGUCGACCAGGAGAUGGCGCUAAAGUUAUUCAUUUAACAGAGCUGUAAUUUUAUUUUAAAUCUUGCAUUGCUUAAAUGCAAUCAAACUGUUUAAUUAUGCUUAGAAUCUUUAUUUUUAAAAACUAUGUUUUGUACACAGCAUAAAUUUGAUGUUUUGUUAAUUUUAGAGAAUAUUUUAAUUUUAUAAGAGUUUUUAUGUUGGGAAAAGAACAUUAAUAAUGUAUUGAUUUUUAAAACAAAUCAUUAAUACGACUUUGAUGAUGCAAUUUACAUGCCAGUCGUUUUAUAUUUAUA